AUGAGCGACGUUUCUACAUCCGACACGGAGAACAUCCGUGGUAUGGCGUUUGAGCAGCACACAGCCACACGUCGCGCCAAGACCCGCCGAGUCAUAGACGAUGAAGAAGAGUCUCUCACUGGCUGCAUUCCGGCUCAGCGAUCGGAUAUAGAGCCAGUCGCUCCAGCACAAGGAACUGGCGACGAAGAUUUUGCAGCGGUCCGUGAAGCAAGCACGCCAGCAUCAUUCAUGGAGGAUGAAGAGAUGGACAAGACGGGCGCUGGAGCGAAGACCAUCGUAAACAGUUGCACCGACUCCAUUUCAACUUUUGCCAAGUUCACCGGAGCCAGUGAGCUCGAAGCCGACAAAUACUUAUUGCAGACCAAUGGCAACCUCCAAAAAGCAGUCGAACUCUUCAUCACGCAUAAGCUAUCGAAAUCUUACCAGCAACUACCUGAUGUCGUCGUCGAGGAGGGUGAACCAAAACCGGCCACACUCCUCGACGAUGCCCUGGCUGCAGCAAGACCAAAGAAACUGCAAAAAGACGGCGACCUUGUCAUUAUUCUGGACAUUGCUGAUCUGAGCAAGACGUACCGACUACGAUCUGAAGAUCUUGAACGAGCUUCUCCAAUCUUCAAGCACGAGCUCGCCACUAACACUGUCGUGGGUGCCAGCGGUCAUGGCAUCAAGCAUUUGUUCAUUCUGCAAAAGCCAGUUGCAGAUGGUGUGAUGCCCUGUCUGGGACGGAAGUCUCUAGACACCAUGAGUGCUGACUGCGAAGACGAGGCUUACAAGCAGCCAACUGUCCUGGUGGAUGACAAGCAACAGGAAAAGCCGUCUAGGAAGAUCAAGGCCGAAGAGGAUCUUGUUGAAGUUGAAGCAAACGCACUCGCGCAAAACGACCCGCCCAAAGUCGACUGGAUCGCGACCUAUGAAACGUUCAUCCGUAUCAUUGCGUUCCCGCGGAUUAAUCCAGGCAUCUCACACACCGACAUCGUGGCGGCCCUCGAGAAGAUUGAGCUUGUCGCUCAAAUCGCGAAGGCUACCCAAGCUGUCUCCUCCAUCUCUGUUGCAGUCAACAAUACCUUCCUGGAAUUCGUGGAGAGCCAGCAACUGUGGUCAGCCAUCGCCAGAGACGCCGCUCGCUGGCUGCUGGUAGGCAUCAACUUGGAGAACCUGCUCAUCUACAACGAAGCAUUCACCCAUGUCGCCGGCUGCUAUCCGGAGUGGCACUGGAGCGUCCCUCAAAAGAACAUCCCGUACACCGUCCUGGAGAGCAUCGCAACCAAGUCGCUGGCGCUGGAUCAAACUCGCAAAGACGUCGAGCGCAAAGUUUUGUGUCAGACCUUGACGAAGCAGGUGGAUGCUCCAAGCAGAUCGAAAGCGAAGUCCACCCAAACCGCCCACGCCCGUCACCAAUUCUGCCCCAUCGCCUUCAGCAUCAUCAGCGUCUUCCGCGCCUGGAUCGCCGUGCAUCUCAAACAUCUCGACUCCGGCGACAAAGGCGCCCCGAAGAUCAAAACCGCAAUCUGCGACCACGACGGUGGUGAAUGCCUGAGCGUAGCCGGUUUCCAUCGCCUCAUUCAGAAGGGCGGCGAUGCGUACAUGCCUGUGGAGACGCUGCUGAAAGACUACUGGGAUCGCGACAACUUUCCACUCGAGGACGACGACGCUGAUACGAUUCGAUCUGCGCUUAAGACGCUCAAGGGUCGAGCUGCAGGCCUUGUGGCUCCGCUGUUGGAGUCGCGACUCAAGUUCGAGGGGAAGGAGAAGCUGGAUUAUCUCACUGCUGUCGAGGUUUCUGAGGAGGAUGUCCCGUGGGAUACGAAGUCCGGCGGAGAGGCUUCUGAUGAGGAUGAUAUGAGCGAUAUCUAA